CAACCCGAAGUGCUGUAGAGGACGGAGGAGUAGUGAAGUUGAAUGUUGACGAUGUCGAGGAGGUAAUGGAGUAACAGUCCCGCGGUGAUGGUAUCGAGAGGACCAGGGACUUCAUGCAAGGAUGGUUAUCUACACCCAACUCCGCCGCCUACGGUAUUCGCUCCUCUGGUCAACUCAUUGGUUGGGCGCACAUUCGUCCAUCCGUUGACGGCUACCGUACUGGACCUCUCACUGCGUCCAACUCCAACCCCGACCAUGCUCGACUUCUCUUCUCAUCACUCCUCUCCUUCGCAGCCUCGACUAACAUCAGCACGAACACGAGAAAAACUAGGGUCAUGGUCCACAUCAUGGAGGAGAAACAGGCUACGUUAUCCAGGGAGGGAGAUUGGGAAUACCUUGGGAUGCGGUUCGAGCGGAUGUGGAGGAUGACGCAGGGUGAUAUUGGAAAAGGAGAGAAAGGAGGAUCUGUCCGCGGUGACAGAGAGAUGAUGUGGAUGGCGAUGGAUCCAGGGAUGGGAUGAACGGCUGGUGGUUAGGCCUUCGCAAUAUGAGUCGUCUUGAUCUAACCAGAGUCUCAAUGUACGUAGCUACCUACGGUCGCGGUCGCGGGGUCACGUAAUACGGUUAAUUUACUUAGGGUUGAGUAAGGUUAAGGUUACUCGCCCGGCCCGCGCAAUCGAACUCUAUCU